AUGAACGGGACGCAUGUGGAGAAGCCCCUGAACAGGGCAGACGAGGUCGAGCAUCUCAUUGACGCUGUCAAAGCUCCUGUUGUUCCCUUCAUCCGGGUUGCCGACGAGGCCGUGCCAUCCAGGGCCGCGGGGGAGUUGCUCCCCAAUAGCCAGGGACUUGUCCAAAAUGCCCUCGUCAAUGCCCGGAGACCCGAAAAUCUGGUUCAAGAGCUGGCCUUGAGCCUGCCAAAAGGGGAAGGUCGCGGCGAACAGGGGUUGCUCGGGGCCAUCCAGGAUGUGCUCAACUACAGCGUCAACACGUGGGACCAGGGGUUCAUGGACAAGCUGUACGCCAGCACCAACCCAUACAGAGACGUUGGAGUGCUCUUUACUCGACGCCUACUCCCAGUUUGA